UACUUCGGCGAAGUAAAGGGCAGUUCUACGGAGGGUCGUUCGCACAACCGAGUUUCCUCCGGCGACUCAAAGUGUGUCCCGAUGGCGUCCAGCUUGGCGGAGGACCUGGAGUGUGCCAUCUGCCUGGCCAUCUUCCGGGAACCCCACACGCUGAGCUGCGGCCACAAUUUCUGCCUCUGUUGCUUGCAGCGCUGCGUGACCGAGGACCGGGACGAGGGGACGUGUCCCGAGUGCCGCUUCCCCUUCGAGCUGCGGCGACUCACGCGCAACCGGGCUCUGGCCAACCUCGCCGAAAAAGCCCGGAAGUUAAGGUUCGAGCAGGAGCCCCUGCCGGGGGCCGCCGCCACCACCGAGCACUACUGCGCGGAUCACGACGAGCCGCUUAAGCUCUUUUGCCGCCAGGAUCGCGUCCCCAUCUGCGUCAUCUGCCGGGAUCUUCCCCAGCAUCGAGGGCAUGAAUUCCUGCCGACCCAAAAUGCUGUGGAACAUGCGCAGGAGAAGUGUAAAUCAUUUCUAAAGAUUGUGGAGAAGGACCUACUGUGGCUGGCUAAGACUGAAAAAGAUCAGCAGGAGGCAACUGAAGAGCUGGAGAGCUGCACUGAAGAUACCUUGGGUCACAUCUCCAAAGAAUUUGAGGCUCUCCACCAGAUCUUGAACGAAAAGGAAAAAGACAUUAAGAAGACUCUACAGGAGAUAAAGAAGGGGAAGCUGAAGGAGAUGGAAGAUGUAUUAACAAGUCUAAAACAGAAAAAGACAACAUAUGCUGAGUUUGUUAACAAGGCCAAAGCACUAUUAGAAAGCAGACAUCCUGUUGCCUCCCUCAAGAUAUUCAAGGAGCUGCAAGACCAAUUCAAAGGUUUCGGUGACGAAGAGGAGGAGGAAGAGGAAGAGAAAGAGGAAGAGGAGGAGGAGGAGGAAGAGGAAGAAGAAGUGAUUCCAGUGGAUAUAGCCCUUAAGGAAUUCAAGAACCAGUUGGACUUUGAAGCUUGGAAGGAAACAUUGAAAUGUACUAUCAAACUACAGCCCAGUAUUAAAUAAGUCUUCCUAGCUCAGUUAUCUACUCAGCUGGCCUGGAAUUAAACUUUGACGCUGACGUCAAUUAAACUUUGA